GUCUGUUGCUCUCAUGCAUCGUCGGAGUCGACGUGUCACGUCCUUUUUAUCGAGAGGGAGAGAGAAGGAGGGAGCCUGAAUUAGAAAACUGUGAAAAUCAUAAAACAGAAGCGUCAUCCGUGGGAUAGUCAACCGGAAUUAAGGAGGGAGGGAGGGAGACAGAGAGGGGGGAGGAGAGAGAGAGAUGGCGCACGAGGAUCUGCCGGUGCCAAUCUUCACGACGUUGGAGCCGGUUUACGGCGAGGGAUCGCUCUUGGACGAGGCGUCGGUGAGGUUCGACAGGCUGAAGUCGAAGUUCUCGGAGCUGUACGGCUGCCAGCCUGACGUCUUCGCCAGAGCACCAGGUCGAGUUAAUUUGAUUGGCGAGCAUAUUGAUUAUGAAGGUUAUUCAGUCCUGCCGAUGGCCAUAAGACAAGAUACUAUAAUUGCUAUCCAUAAGCAUGAAGCCGGUCAAACAACAAAGGUUCUUCGUAUAUCAAACGUAAAUCCUAAAUAUGAUACGUGCACGUAUCCUGCUGAUCCUGACCAGGAUAUUGAUCUGAAGAACCAUAAAUGGGGCCAUUACUUCAUCUGUGGAUACAAGGGGUAUUAUGAAUAUGCUAAAUCAAAAGGAAUAGAUGUUGGCGAACCUGUUGGCCUGGAUAUUCUUGUUGAUGGAAUUGUCCCUACAGGGUCUGGGUUAUCAAGCUCUGCAGCUUUCGUUUGUUCAGCAACAAUCGCAAUAAUGGCAGUUUUUGAUGUGAAUUUUCCAAAGAAAGAAAUUGCCCAACUUACAUGUGAAUGCGAGCGUCAUAUUGGAACUCAGUCUGGUGGAAUGGACCAAGCAAUCUCAGUCAUGGCAAAAAUUGGAUUUGCUGAGCUCAUUGAUUUUAACCCAAUACGUGCAACUGAUGUACAACUACCUGAAGGUGGAACCUUUGUCAUUGCUCAUUCAUUGGCUGAAUCCCAGAAAGCUGUGACUGCAGCAACAAAUUACAACAACAGAGUUGUUGAAUGUCGUCUGGCAGCUAUUGUCCUAGGUAUCAAGCUAGGUAUGGUACCCAAAGAAGCUAUCACAAAGGUGAAAACACUUUCUGAUGUUGAGGGGCUAUGUGUAUCCUUUGCCAAAGAACGUGGCUCCUCAGACCUACUUCUUGCUAUCAAGGAAUUUCUGCAUGAGGAGCCUUACACUGCUGAAGCUAUCGAGAAGAUCACCGAGGAAAGCCUUACUACUAUUUUUGCAAAUUCUCCAACCUCCUUGGACGUUCUUAGGGCCGCAAAACAUUUUAAGUUGUUUCAGAGGGCUUCACAUGUAUAUUCUGAGGCUAAGCGUGUAUACUUGUUUAAGGAAACUGUCUCAUCGAAGCUCAGUGCUGAGGACAUGUUAAAGCGUCUGGGAGAGCUUAUGAACAAGAGCCAUCACAGUUGCAGUGUUCUGUACGAGUGCAGUUGUCCUGAGUUGGAGGAACUAGUAAAAGUUUGCCUUGAAAAAGGAGCACUUGGAGCAAGGCUAACAGGAGCUGGAUGGGGUGGUUGUGUGGUUGCUUUGGUAAAGGAAGCUGUAGUCCCUGAGUUCAUUCUCAAUUUGAAGGAGGCAUUCUAUCAGUCGAGGAUUGACAAGGGCAUAAUCGGCAACAACGACCUCGGUCAGUAUGUGUUUGCUUCCAAGCCAUCCAGCGGCGCUGCAAUAUUCAAGUUUUAAUCUCCUCUUGCAUUUUCAUUGUUCCCACUUAACAGAUGUGAACAUUCUUGAUGACUUGUUUGUCAUUAAAAUGAGUUAUAAGAGCUCAAUAAAAUAUCAUUAUUUGCUAUGAGCA